AUGGUCACCCUAGAGAAGCGGGGACGAGUGUACCUCCUCACCCUCACCGGCGACGGCGAGCACCGCCUCAACCCCGCGCUCAUCGGCGACCUCCACUCCGCCCUCUCCCAAAUCCGCGCCGAGGCCUCCGCCACCGGCGGUGUCGGCGGCGCCGCCCUCGUCAUCGCCGCCGAGGGGAGGUUCUUCUCCAACGGGUUUGACCUCAAAUGGGCGAGUGAGCAGUCGCCCGAUUCUCACCGCCGCUCCAGGCUCAUGAGCUCCGCCUUCUUUCGCACGCUGGCGGCGCUGAUCUCCCUGCCGAUGCCCACCGUCGCCGCCGUCACUGGCCACGCCGCCGCCGCUGGGUUCUUCCUGGUUCUUGCCCACGACUACGCCUUGAUGAGGGCCGAUCGAGGGUUUCUCUACAUGAGCGAGGUCGAUCGGGGACUCCCCAUCAUCGACGCGGUCAUGUCGCUGGCGCGGGCCAAGAUGGCCCCCAGGGCCCGCAGGGAGGCCCUCCUCGGCGGCGCAAAGCUCACGGCGGCGGCGGCGGCGGAGAGGGGGAUCGUGGACGGCGUGUGCGGGGGGGCCGCCGAGACCGUGGCGGCGGCGGUGCGGCUGGGGGAGGAGCUGGCGGGGCUGACCUGGGACGGCCCCUCGUACGCCGCCGCCAGGAUCGCGGUGUUCCCGGAGUUCGCCAAGAUCGUCGAGCUGGCGGCUGAGGAGGACCCCAAGUCAAAGCUCUGA